GUCCCCGCCCAGGGCCUGGGCCUGGUCCCCGCGCGUACGUAGGCUGUUCUGCAGGAGUGUGUGACGGGGAGACACGGCGCGUGUGUGAAGGGUGCGCGGCGCGCCCCGAUGUGGGUGUGUCUGUGGGUGGUGAGUGGCUGAGCCCGCCCGAGCCCAUCCAGCCGGGGCGCGGGGAGCGACCUCGUGUGCGGGUGUUGCAGCCGUGAGUGUGUGUGUGACCCUGCGGGGCGGCACUGCAGGCCGCUGUUCCCGAGCUCCAGGAGCAAGGCACGCUCCCCGGGUCCUGAUCUGCGGCCCUGGAGGCUACAGAGCUGCGCACUCCUCCAGGGAGCGCUGCUGAGAGGCGUCAUGGAGACCCCGGCCCUGAAGCUGGAGGACACGGCUCUCUUUACUGAGGACCCUGCUCUUUCCCUCAAAGAGAAUCCAGAGAAUAAAUCAAGUUGGGGUCUCCUGGAAGCCAGAUCUGAGGAAUCAGUGACAUUCAAGGAUGUGGCUGUGGACUUCACCCAGGAGGAGUGGGGUCACCUGGACUCUCCUCAGAGGGCCUUGUACCGGGAUGUGAUGCUGGAGAACUACCAGAACCUCGUCGCCUUGGGGCCUCCGGUCUGCAAGCCAGAUGUGAUCUCCCAUCUGGAACGAGGCGAGGAGCCAUGGCAAGUGUACGGGGAAGGCGCGCAUGGGGCUUGUUCAGAGCAGGGGCCUGCACCUGAGGUGGAGGAGUCCUCCUCCCUACAGCAAGAAUUUUGCAAGGAAGAACCAUGCCCGGAGGCAGUUAUGGGGCAGCUGAACAGGCCCAGCCUUCCCAGUGCCAGCCUCAGCAUGGCAUGGGAGGCCCCGACAGUAGUGCGGAGAGACCAGGCUGUGCAGCGGGGGCGAGUGCCCGCCACCCUCGGGGACAUCUCCGCGGAGCAGAGAUACUGGGGACCCAACUGCCCCUGUGGGGGGCCGCUUCCCAGUGCCAGCCUCAGCAUGGCAUGGGAGGCCCCGACAGUAGUGCGGAGAGACCAGGCUGUGCAGCGGGGGCGAGUGCCCGCCACCCUCGGGGACAUCUCCGCGGAGCAGAGAUACUGGGGACCCAGUAACUCCAAGGAGGGCUCCCCGCUCAAGGGCGCUCUGUUCACCCGGCAGACUGCCCCUGUGGGGGGCCGCUCUAGCGAGUGCGGCAAGGCCUUCCCCUGGAGCACCAACCUCCUGGAGCACCGGCGCAUCCACACGGGCGAGAAGCCCUUCUUCUGCAGCGAGUGCGGGAAGGCGUUCAGCUGCCACUCGUCCCUCAACGUGCACCAGCGCAUCCACACGGGCGAGCGGCCCUACAAGUGCAGCGCCUGCGAGAAGGCGUUCAGCUGCAGCUCGCUGCUCAGCAUGCACCUGCGCGUGCACACCGGCGAGAGGCCCUACGAGUGCGGCGAGUGCGGCAAGGCCUUCAACCAGCGCACGCACCUCACCCGCCACCGCCGCAUCCACACGGGCGAGAAGCCCUACAAGUGCGGCGCGUGCGGCAAGGCCUUCACCUGCCACUCGUCCCUCACCGUGCACGAGAAGAUCCACAACGGGGAGAAGCCUUUCAAGUGCACCGAGUGCGAAAAGGCCUUCAACAACCGCUCGCGCCUCACGCUCCACCAGAGGAUCCACACGGGCGAGAAGCCCUUCAAGUGCGCCGACUGCGGGAAGGGCUUCAGCUGCCACGCGUACCUCAUCGUGCACCAGCGCAUCCACAGCGGGGAGAAGCCCUACAAGUGCAACGAGUGCGGGAAGGCCUUCAGCUCGCACUCCUACCUCAUCGUGCACCAGCGUAUCCACACCGGGGAGAAGCCCUUCGACUGCAGCAGGUGCUGGAAGGCCUUCAGCUGCCACUCGUCCCUCAUCGUGCACCAGCGCAUCCACACCGGGGAGAAGCCCUACAAAUGCAACGAGUGCGGCAAGGCUUUCAGCCAGAACCACUGCCUCGUCAAGCACCAGAAGGUUCAUUCCAGGCAGAAGUCGCUGAAGUCUAACAAAUGUGGGGAAGUGUUUGGCUGGAGCGCGCACCUCCGGGAGCACCAGAGACUGCUGCACGCUGAAGAGCAGCCCGUUGCCGUCCAGUUCAACAGACACUUGCUGGGCACCUACUAUGUGCCUGGUGGUCUGCUGGGCGCAGAGGACUCCGGGGUGAGGGGUGUGGACCCCAUAAAUGCAGUGGAAGUGGCAGAGCUCUUGUGCGUGGUGCAGCCCCCACCUAGCAGGAAUUUUCCUCUGGGGAGGAAACCUGACAGUUAGGUGUGGUGCUGCUGCUUCACAGAAGAAGGCCUCUGCGCGGGCUGCCAGCCAGGGAGGCCCCGUGACCUCUCCUGGGCUCCUGGAGCCAGAUCGCUCGUUCCUCCAGGUGCCGAAGCCUUGCACGUGACCCUGCUCGGAUCCGCCAGCCAGGACCCUAGUGGUGGGACACACUUCAGGAGAAGGGACUCGAGGCCGUUUGAGGACAUUCCAUCGCCCCGUCUUCCUUGGCGGGUCUGGAGCUCACUGACAAGGGGCGUCUUGCCUGCUGAUAAGAAGGUGGGUCAGCUGUUGGGUCCCGGGAUGGGCUCCUGCCUGUUUUCAAUCAGGAAUCGCUUCUAUAAACGUUAAUGUUUAGAAUAAUAAUAAUAAUAGUAAUUAACAAAAAAUUAACGUUCUAGUUCUUACUUCCAUGUGAACACUGUUAUAUCCCAGGAGGGGAGAACAAUCUUGAAUGGUGAGCAUUAGGGAAAAGUGAAUUAAUUGCCUGUGGAUAGUGUCCCGUGAGCCGUCCUGCUGCACGGUCACUUGUUAAUGUCAUCUUGACCAGGGUUGGCCCUGCAGCAGUCUCAACAUGGCCCUGUACCAGUGCACCAGGUCCUAACCUGCCAGGAUCCCUCCUCGGUGUUUAGUCCCUGGUGGGAAGCUGGGAGUGCCCAUCCAGAGUUGCCAAGUCCAGGAAGAUGGGCACAGCCGGGCAACAGGUGUAUCUGGAAGCUUGCCAGUACUGGCCAGGGCUGGGCAGGCUGGGCAUUGUAGGCCACGGAGGCUGCCCUGCAGGGCCUCUCCUGGCACCACUUGGCUUAGAUCAAAGUAGAGGCUGCACCACAAGGCUCAGGAAGGUGGUUAGUUCCACGGCUAUCCUGCAUGGGGCUAUUAUACAAUAUCAGAGACUGGUAACAAAAAAACGUGUCUACCACAAAACUUUUUUUUUUUCCUGCUGCUGGGGAUUGAAU